CAUGGCUCGGAGCCUGCGCGGCCUCCCGCGACGCAGCGUCUGGCUGCUGCUGGUGCACCACCUCCUCGUGGCCACGGCCUGCCAGGACGCCGACUACGGCGCUCUCCUCCAGGAGCUGUGCCUCACCCGCUUCAAGGUGAGCAUGGAGGCCAUCGGGAAGACGCUGUGGUGCGACUGGGCCAAGACCAUCAGGAGCUACGGGGAGCUCACGGACUGCACCCGGCACGUGGCGGACCAGCUGGACUGCUUCUGGCCGAACGCCGCCGUGGACAAGUUCUUUGUCGCCGUGCACCAGCGCUACUUCAGAAACUGCCCCACGUCCGGCAGGGCCGUGUGUGACCCUCCCCGGAGCAUCCUGUGCCCCUUCAUCGUGGUGCCCAUCCUGGUGACCCUGCUGGUGAUGAUGCUGGUGGUGUGGAGAAGCAAGCGCCCCGAGGGCAUCGUGUAGGCCAGGGGGUGGCCGCCCGCUGAGGGGGAG